GGUCCUCCUGGAGAGCAUGUAGUUGAAGCAUGGAAGGAGAUCCAUGUGAAAAAACCGUCUGGAACUUUCGUUAAUGAAUUAGCUGCAAAAGAUUAUGAGGAACUGAUCAAGGAGCUUGAUAGGAAGCGACUGGAACGACAAUCCCAGAGCGAUACUGGGACUGAAUCUGAAUCUGAUACUGGUUAUCAGUUUGACGUUAUGGAAACAGUCCUAGGCCAAAGAUCUGACUAUCAAAGAGGCGUGGGUAAAAGGCUCAAGGGCAAAGGAAAGAAACCAAUCCCUCAAACUCAAUCAACGGUGCCGCCUCCCCAACCAACUACUGAAAUGAUGAGCACUGUGGCAGAUAUAUUUUCAGCUAUGCGUGCCACUUGGGGGGGUAAUUUGACGCCUGAACAACGUGCCCAAAUAUUUAACCCACGCUUUGACAAUUUCAUUCAAACGUAUAGUCAGUCGCAGUCGCCUGGUGGUUCGUCUUCUCAGAGUCAUGCCGCUCCUCCGGAACAGCAACAACAACCUCCUUCGCAACCACAAUUUCAGCCUUCCUCGCAACAACAAUUCCAGUCACAGCAGCAAUUUGAAAAUUUUUUGCAGCAGCAACCCCAAUCUUUUCCUCAGCAGUUUCCUCAAGAAGAAUAA